AUUCUUCAUGGAAAAAAAAAGAAACAUAGUAGGAACACGGUCUGUGUUUUUGGUUCCAAAACUGCUAUCUCUCAAUUUAAGAAGAAAGAAGCUGACCUGAAUAUCAGAUGCCGUUGCUUCCUUAUUCUGCAUCAAGCUGCUGUCUGCUGUUUUUUUUUUGUUUUUUGGUCAUGGUAAAGAUUUUGUUUGGACAUUUUAAUACAAGCAUUUUUAUGAACAACCAGGACCCAUCUCUAAUCAUCAGUCUGGUUUUGUUUCUUUGUGUUUGAAGAAAAUCUGGAUCUGCGCAAAGUGGAACUGGAUCUGAAAAGAAACCUGGUAUCAGUGCUAUCUGUGCUGUGUCUCUCUUGUUCACUCUUGCUCUGCCAGGAUCCUAUUGAUUAGACAGAGCAAAACCAAUGCUGUUGUAGUCAUGUGCUUCACUGAGAGCUAUUUACAGACAGCUGUGAGUCAAUGAACGUAAUGAAGUAACUCAUUCAGUCAGCUUGUGUUGGGCAAACUAAAAGCUCUUAGCUGUUUGACAUUUCAUUGGUUCGCCAUUAAAUUACCAGACUCCGGCCUGACAGAUCUUCUAGAAGUGAGUCAUAUUUAUUGCUUAGAAAGUAGCAAUGUUAAGUAUAGUUCAGAAAAAUGAAUUGAAACUUUUUAGUUCCCAAAUGAAGCUCUUAGCGUAGUUGGUUUGUUUGGCAGUGCUGUCGAUCUCAAAGGUCAGCUGCGUUUUUGAGCUUGAAGAAAGAAAGGUAUUAAAAUGGAUGCAAUAUAGAAGAUCUAGUACAGGAAACAGAAGACAACAAGGAAAAAGGGAGGCUAUGACCAUGAGGCUGAAACCAAACUAAUGGGGAUGGCUGGAAAAGGGACCAGUGUCAGAAGCAGCAGCUCAGAGGAUCUACAGGAAGUUUUCAUCGUGAUUGGGACUGAUGCUUGAGAAAAUCCACUGUACAAUCUAUUCGACUUCUCAGUUACACUGUGAUCUCUGAACCAUCAGCUGUGUUUCCUGCUCAUACAUCCUCUGAAAGAGAGAGAGAGGAAAAGUCCAAGGUGGAAUCCUUAUGGAACUAUUAGGAAUUCAGCGAUGAAAUGUUUGGAAUACUGAGUGCAGUGUUUUGGGAACCAGCUCUGUUAGUCAGGAGUGCCUUUAAAUUGAAUCACAUUUAUUAUUAUAAUUUUUAUUCAGUAUUUGACUCCGAAUCAGUUCUUAAUUUUUUUUGAAUGUUGUUGUCACUGAAAGCAGCCCAAAUGUAAUUAGUCACUUUAAUCUGUAACGAUGUCUAAUUAACCUUUUUUCCCCCUACUUUCUAGGAUCUUUGGAGCAUUUGAGAAUAUUUCCCAUGUUUUUGCCAACAAAAUAUAUUUUGUAGUUUAUUGUUAUUUUUAGCUUAGAAACACAUUAUUACCAAAUGUUUGUGUGUGUGUGUGUGUGUGUGUGUUUGUUUCUUAAUUUUUUUUUUUUUACAAUGAAAUAGUGUGUGAAGGUGCAGAAAGAGAUGUGGACUUUGCGUUUUGACCUGAUUUGACUCAGUUUUGUGUUUUGAGGAAUUGUGAGCAUCACCACAAAAUUCUGUUCUGCUUUCGGACCGCUGGCCACAGCAGCUGCAGCUGGCACAAUGAAACUUGCAUGUUUGAGUGCACUGUUGAUAAUUUAUACUUGCAGUGCUAAAAACUGAUUGAAAAACUGCAGUGACAUGGGGCCGAUCACAGGGGCUACCAUGGAAGUCAGUAGUACGUUUGACAACAUGACUGGACUGACGCAUGAUAGGCCAGUGCAAACGUCUUCAUUCUGCCAGCAGUUUGCAUCUGUCGGAGCACCGGACCCCAGGGCCCAGAAUUCUUUGCGGCAGAGUUGGGAAAUGAACUACCAGGAAGCAGCAAUAUACCUCCAGGAGGGAGAGAAUAACGACAAGUUUUUCACUCAUCCGCGAAAUGCCCAUGCGCUCCGUGCCUACCUGUUUGCUCACAAUCACCUUUUCUAUGUGAUGGAGCUGCUGACGGCAGUGUUACUCAUGCUUCUGUCCCUCUCAGAGGCCCCUGCCGUCCCCUUUCUCCGCUUAGAUGUCUAUGUUCAUGCAACACUGGAGUUAUUGGCAUUGGUAAUGGUGGCCUUUGAAUUGUGCAUGAAGCUCAGAUGGCUUGGCUUUCACACCUUUAUACGACAUAAGAGGACCAUGGUGAAGACAUGUGUCCUGUUUAUUCAGUUCAUCGAGGCAAUUGUGGUCUUAGUCCGGCAGACGUCUCACCUGCGUGUAACGAGAGCCCUGCGGCCGAUCUUUUUGGUGGACUGCCGUUACUGUGGAGCUGUUCGCAGAAACCUGAGGCAGAUAUUUCAGUCACUUCCUCCCUUCAUUGAUAUUCUUCUGCUGCUGCUUUUCUUCAUGGUUAUCUUUGCCAUCCUAGGAUUCUGUUUGUUCUCAGCCAACUCAGCCGACCCUUAUUUUAGCACACUGGAGAACAGCAUUGUGAGUUUGUUUGUCCUUCUGACCACUGCAAAUUUUCCCGAUGUGAUGAUGCCAGCAUAUUCAAAGAAUCGCUGGUCAUGCAUUUUCUUCAUUGUGUAUCUGUCCAUCGAGCUCUACUUCAUCAUGAAUCUGCUCCUGGCAGUGGUUUUUGACACUUUUAAUGGAGUUGAGAAGAUGAAAUUCAAAUCUCUUCUUCUACACAAGCGAUCCGCUAUAGAGCACGCCUUCCAGCUGCUAGUUAGUCGGCAGAGGCCAGAUGGAGUGUGUUUAAAGCAGUUUGAUGGACUGAUGCGAUUCUAUCGUCCACGUAUGACUGCCAGGGAUCGUUUCCUCACUUUCAAAGCCCUCAACCAUUCAGGCGCGACCAUGCUGAGUCUCCAGGACUCCUAUAAGUUUUAUGAAGUGAUCGGGCUCAAAUGGAAGGCUCGACGGAGUGGGGAGCACUGGUUUGAUGAUCUUCCUCGUACUGCAUUCCUCAUCUUCAAAGGAAUCAAUUUACUUGUGAAAUCCAAAGCUUUCCAGUAUGCAAUGUAUCUGGUAGUUGCAAUUAAUGGCAUCUGGAUCCUAGUGGAGACUAACAUGUUAAAUGUCGGCGUCUCAUGGACUCGUGUUGUCCCAUGGAGUUACAUUAUUUUCCUUACAAUUUACGGAGUUGAGGUCUUGUUGAAGAUCACAGGCCUUGGUCCUUUGACAUAUUUCAGCUCAGGGUGGAACCUCUUUGAUUUCUCAGUAACAGUCUUUGCCUUUUUGGGAUUGAUGGCUCUGGCCUUUGACAUGGAGCCGUUCUACUUCAUCGUAGUGUUGAGACCUCUCCAGCUCCUCCGGUUGUUUAAAAUUAAACAGCGCUAUCGUAACGUUUUGGACACAAUGUUUGAACUGUUCCCGCGAAUGGCCAGUCUAGGUCUGACUCUGAUUAUCUUCUAUUAUUCUUUUGCCAUCGUUGGAAUGGAGUUUUUUGCUGAUGUUGUUUAUCCGAACUGCUGCAACACCAGCACUGUCGCUGAAUCGUAUCGCCAGAUAAAUGUGACCAUUGGCAACCGAACAGUUCUAGAGGAGGGGUAUUAUUAUCUCAAUAACUUCAAUAACAUCCUAAGCAGCUUUGUCACUCUUUUUGAGCUAACAGUGGUGAACAACUGGUACAUCACUAUGGAAGGUGUGACAUCACAAACUACACACUGGAGUCGCCUUUAUUUCAUGACCUUUUACAUUGUCACCAUGGUUGUCAUGACUAUAAUCGUGGCCUUCAUUCUAGAUGCAUUUGUCUUCAGGAUGAACUACAGUCGGAAGAACAGAGAGCCGCUGGAUGACCCAGAAGAUGAAAAGGGGAUCGUCUUUGAGACAGAGGUGUCCCAGACUGAAGCUCUACAGACUCUAGACUUGUAUAAACACACACUGGGUGUCACCAACCUAAGCUCACUGCAGGACAUGUGUGUGGCUCUGGAGCGGAGCGGGCAUUCCUCAUUAGUAUUUGUGGGUCGAAGGUCACGUACCAAGUGUGACCUCAGCAUGAAGAUGUACGAGGAAGAGAUUCAGGAAUGGUACGAGGAAUAUUCCAGAACAAACCUGCAGCCCGAUGAAACGUUCCACAGAGAACUGGACAGCCCUGAAGCCAGUGCCACAAACAGCAUUAACUAACUCGAAUACAGCAUCAGCAUUAACUAACACACUCACUCAUACCUCUGAGGGACCUUAGAACCGUCUUCCUCCCAUCGAUGGAAAGCACAGAUGUUCCCCGUGACCACUACAUUCGCCCUCAAUCCACGUGGAGACCCACAGAACACACUUAAAGCCUUAUUCCCCCCAAAAAACCUUAAGGUUCCGUGGCCAAUCAGGGAAGCUUGCAGACCAGUCAUGUGACAUGCACUAGGUCCAGGAACCUUCUUCUUCCAUGAACUGCACCUCAUUGACAUUUGCCUUGUGGUGGGUGACCCUGAAUGAUUCAGACUCUCUCUUGGAUUUGACAAAUGGAGAACAGGGAUUGAAUGUUUCUGUGGGAGAUGAAUCAGAAGUGAAUGUGAGGAUUUUAGCCCUAAGUGACUUGUGUCUCUUUCUCCACAGUCUGAGCUAUUGCUUAACCAACAGAUAAAAGAUUAUAGUAAUAAACAAAUGGUGUUUUUAAACUAAAGCUGCUUUUUGCUGGAACCUUUGGACCUAUAGAGAGGCUUUUUUUCCGUUAUAUAUAAAUAUAUACAUGCAGAUUAAACAUAUGUCAGAUGCAGUUGAGAGUCAAGUAUUUAAAAAUCUGUUUCGGUAUAUCCACCGAUAUACUUAGUAUGGACUGGUUUCCCAGGCGCAUGUUAAUUUUGGACUGAUAAGUAUUAAAAAAAACAGCCCUGCAUCUUUGCAUUUAAACUUUUGUUUUGUUACAUCUGAAAAGAUCUUAUUUCCUUUGUUUGGAGUCAGUAUUGUUUUAAUGAAUUUUAAAGCUUUGAGUAUUUUGACAGACCAGUUUGGAUUGAAUCUAGUCAGAAUCACAAAGUUUAUUCCACCUGAUCCAUUCAGCUUGGGGGCAGUUGUGGCCCAAUGGGUUUGAGAGUUUGUCUUGUAACCCAAAGGUCGUGAGUUCGAGUCUCGUUACCAGCAGGGAUUGUAGGUGGGCACUUGAGCAAGGCACUGAACCCCCAACUGCUCCCUGGGCACUGCAGCAAAAAUGGCAGCCUACAGCUUCGGGUGUGUGUCUUCACUCGGAUGAGUUAAAUGCAGAGCACAAAUUCCGAGUAUGGGACACCAUAUUUGGCAAAAAAAUAUCACAGAGUUAAUAGAGAUUUGUCUCCAGACCAAAAAUCUCCUUUGUGUAAUUUAGCUUUGCUAAAUGGUAAUGAAACUGUUACAUUGAGGGAAUUUUUGCUACACUAUUUUAUAAUGGUUUAGUCACUUUCUUGAUGCUUUUUAACAGAGUGAAUGCAUGCAAAUACUCAUAUAUUGUUUACUCUCGUGUCUAGAGUAUUUAACCUGGAGGAAAUCAUGGAUGUGUUCAGGGUCAGUGAUUUCAGUCCAGUUGCUUGUUUAAUUGCAGUGUAGGAUGUGCAGCCUCCGUGAUCUAAACACAAGUGACAUGAAACCACACCAGCUCCUCCAAUACUGAAGGGUUUUAUACUGGGUCUCAGUUCUCUGUUCUUAUUCCUUGUAAGUGUAUAAUAACUGGUCUAGUAAACGAUACAUUUUAAUGAAA